AUGGUUGCCCCUCCUCGGCGUCACUGCAAGCCAGUCCCUUCACGACGCUAUCUCGCCCUCCGCCACGGCCGAAGGAUCCUAAAGUCCCUAAAAGCUUCAUCAGAUGAUUCAGAACCACCAAAAAAGACCCUCCCGUCGGGCUACGCCCAACUCUACUCCAGCGAUAACCCAGGCGUCAAAGCAGGACCUCACGUGGUGCAAAUAACUCAAACUAUAUCUGAAAUCCAGAAUGAUCCAGCAACAAUAACUAGAUCCACAGAACAGAAGUUCACUGCUCUUGGUCCAAAGUUCGCACUUCCUGGGGAUGGAAUUUAUUCUGUAUUCCCUCCCCAGGGACAUACUGGAAGGCCUGAGGUUCUGCCUCAUUUGGUUACCAAUGAUGCUACUUUACCUUGGGAGCGACAGGUGCGGUUUAAGAAACCGACAGAUAAUAUGGAUGUUAAAGAUUCAUUGAAUACUGUUCCGUGGAUGGCUUGUUUGGUGUUUACCAAAGAUGAGCUUUCGUUGUCUGAUGCGCAGCUUAAGGGGGAUACUUCCUUUUUCAAGGAUACGAGCGUUAAAAACACUGUAUCCCCGAACGAAACAUUGGGCUUUGAAAUGCCGCUCGCCGAUAUCCUCAAGGUUGACAAAGAACAUGUCGCCAGGCCAUUUACUACAAUUUCUGGUGCAACAGAGACUACCACCAAUCUUAUUUUCAUAAGACCAGAGCUCUUCAAUAAUCUCUUCUCGACGUACGGUAAAGAUGGGAAAGUGGUGCCUUCGACGGAAUCCGAUAUUUCACGGUAUAAAUACUUUGCCCAUGUCCGACGGUUAAAUACUCAGGGCAUGGCAGAGGCCGACGCCUAUGACGAGGACGAAAUUCUCGAUCGAGAGUUCGGUAUCGUUGUGUCUCACCGAGCUGGUCCAUUGACCAUAGCCGAACCUACCCAAGUUUUUGUUCACAUUGUUUCAUUAGAAGAAGUGGAAGAUUUGACUCCUUUCCCAGUAGACCCCUUGAGGAGUAGUCGGGUCGCGAUGGUUUCACUAUAUAGUUGGACUUAUAUGUGUCUCCCAGCGAAUUCAUUGAAUGUCGCAGAUGCAUUUGAAAGAAUUGGAAAGUCUUGUGGGAUGUUGCGCCCGAUUGUACCCGAAGCAAGCGCAACAGAUGAAAGCGAUAUUCAAAGCAGGUUACUCAAAAGAAUCAACGACGGUUAUUCUAUGAUCCGUUAUCGAGUCCAGACAGGAGAGACUACGGUUGCAUUUAACAGGAGUCCUCUAACCCCCACCCUUGUUUCCAAAUAUGAUUGGGACCUUUGCUCGACAUCGGGAUCCUCGCUUUUGAUUCUUGACCAGAAGCUUGGAAUCAUGGACAUAACCUAUUCAGCGGCAUGGAAUCUAGGAAAAACUCUAGCUAUGGCAGACCAUGCCUAUUCGUCAGCAUUGAGUCGUACCCGCAAACAGAUCCUCCAAAUCGCUACCCCAUUGGCGCAACUCAAGGUUCUCAAAUUCGCAGGCAUCAACAUCAAAAGCAAAACCGACAUAAUAGCAGAAAUGGGCAAGUCCAUCAGUACUUUAAAUGAAAUUUCUGAAUCAUUCGGUGCCAUGAGUAUGGCCUACCGUUGGCAAAAACAUCAACCACCAAGAACUCCGGAUCUCUCGUAUCAUAGCGAGGAGAUGGGAUUAUUCCUAGAUGAAGAACUACUCAAGGCCGCGUAUCUCGUGGCAAGCAGUACAGACUCUAAUCCCAAGUUACCUUACCUUCCUCCAUAUGACGAACAUAAUACCCCAUACUCAGCAGACUGGGUCGUCAUCCUUAAAUUUCUCUGUGAUUUGAUGUAUUUGAUCAAGAUACCGCACAACUACCUCCUCACAGACGCUUCUCACCUCCCACAAGAGACGGUUAGGAUGUUCCAUAUCGAUCCAAACUGGAUCGAUGCACUACUGGAUGGCGCCCUAAGCAUUGGUAAUCUCGUGGACCGAAGGAGAGACAGGGUCCGAGAUGCCAUCAAGAUGGCAUUUAAUCGGUAUCUGGAAACUCCAAACUCAGAAUUAGGAUACCCUCCACCAGUUCCACAAUAUGGAUUCUACAUGCGGUCUAUUCUUGUGGCAAUGUUCCCUGACUUGAAGGUAACCAUGGACCCUCUGGCGGAUGAUAAGGGUACUCCAACACUUAUCCGCCACGAGAUCGUGGAUAGAGGUGUCAUGCUUGGUUUCUUCAAUCAUAAGCCCUCCGGUACGGAAUUGCAAUCGAUUACUUUUACGCAACCAGCACAUCAGUUAUCUUUCACCGCUGCAAGGGACCUCCUGAUAUCUGAUAUCCAAGUCUACUACAAAAGGAUUUAUACUGUUGUAGACCCAGACGACAGCAAUAGAAACAAACCAAUUGCACAAAUACGGCAAUCAAGGGCAGAUGAUCCCACAGUAGGGAAUAGAGCACAGCUAUUUAUCUGGGGGAGCCCUAGCACAGAUGAUGUUCGAACUAUCAAUGCUAAACCAUUUGUUCAAGAUCUUUAUGAUACCCUUAACACAAGCAUGAACCGCCUCCAUACCGAUUGGUUUACUGAAGUUUGUCCGUCUGCUGCCAUGAUGGCAUAUCAACUUAAUGACCCUUGCUGGCAACUUGAGAUCCACGUUCCAGAGCCUCCCGCAGAACCACCUUUUACGCUAUCUCAUACGUUCCCACCGGAGUUCCCUAUUGUUACCUUAGAGCGUCCUGAGCCACUAGUUGCGUUAGAGAGUGCACCACAUCUUACAUUCGAAGAUCGAGCAACCGCUCCUCCAUUAAAGCUCACGAGUAGCCUACCACGUUUUAAAAGAUUAAUCCCUGCCGAAAUCUACAACACAACUGAAGAGCUGCCGGUACUCCUUUCGGCACCGGGCACGCCCUCAAGCCCAGCGGAAAUGAUCCUCACCCCGACCUCCCCAUCAUUUUCGGAGAUCGACUUCCUCACAUCUGAAUCUCACACCGAUGACUUUAUAUUCGUCGCGGCCGGGCCUCCCGAAUUCAAGUAUAAAGUCGCCCCAGCCUCAAGCCCCAAAUCAACCACCAUCUCCAUACUUCCGGAAGAACAGGACCUAAUCUUCUCAAUCGUCUACCAAUCAUCUGCCUUCGACUACGAACUCUCUUCGGUUACCAUCACAAUCCCUAUGUCCCACCCCACAAAACCCAGCCUUACAAAAGCAUACCGUGGACCUGGUGCAACAAUGUUAUCAAAUCUGAGGUUUUAUGUGAGAGCCUUAUACUCGACAGAGAAUAAUGCGUUACAACUAGUGCUUUUACCCCGGAGUACGAGGAAAGUUGUUAGAGUUACUGACAUUAAGGACAUGAGUUUUAUGUUGAGCAGAGUGUUAGUAAAGAGUUAUAAGAAAGUGACGAGUAUUGAAGCUAUUGUGCAAGAGGUUUAUAAAUCUGGCAGGGCGGAACCGAAGACAUUGUGGAUUACAUUGAACCCGCCGACGUCUUGA